AUGGGGUGUCUAGUCACGGGAGCUCGCUCGCCCCUCCCCCACCCCUCCUCCUGCCCCAGGGAAUCCUGGGAUUCACAGCUUUGGUGUGAGGAGGAGCGGGUCCGGGCUCUGGGAGGGAAGGAGGGGAGGACUGAAGAUGUACGAAGGAAACCCCACCCCCGAAUAGAGAGUCCCCAGGGAAUCCUGGAGUCCCAGCUUUGGUGUGAGGAGGAGCGGGUCCGGGCUCUGGGAGGGAAGGAGGGGAGGACUGAAGAUGUACGAAGGAAACCCCACCCCCAAAUAGAGAGUCCCCAGGCCUGUGAGUCCCCAUCCCCAAGCUCCUGCCCACCCUCCUGCUUGCUGUCCUCAAGGAAAGUCAUGAUGCCUCAUGGUCAGAAGAGCCAGCAACCUAAGCUGGAGGGGAAUGCUCAGGCCCAAAGAGAGGCCCCGGGCCUGGUGGAUGCGCAGGUCCCUGUGGCUGAGGAGGAGGGGGAUACUGGCAACCCUUGUUUCUCCUCUACUCUUCUGAUACCAGUCACUCCAAGAGAUGUGCCUCCUGCUGGGACACCGUGUUGUCCCCAGAGUCCUCAGAGAGCCACCUGUCCCCCCGCUAGCUCGGUGUCCAGUCCAGGGAGCCAAUUCAACCAGGGCUCCAGAAGCCGUGGAGGGGAAGGUCUGGUCCCCCGGAGCAGGCUGGUAAGCCCUGAGUCCUUAAUGCGAGAAGCAAUAUCCUUGGUGCCAUCCCUGCUCCUCAAGUAUCAAAUGAAGGAGCCAAUCACCAAGGCAGAGAUGCUAGAUUAUGUCAGGAGAAGUCACCAGGAUUACUUCCCUGCAGUCUUCAGCAGAGCCUGUGAUUGCUUGCAUCUGGUCUUUGGCAUUGAAAUGAGGGAAGUGGACCCCUCCAGCCACUCCUAUAUCCUUGUCACUUCCCUGGGGCUGACAUAUGAUGGGUUGCUUAGUGAUAAGCAGGGCAUUCCCAAGACGGGCCUGCUGAUCAUCACCCUGAGUAUCAUCGUUGUGGAAGGCAACUGUGCCUCUGAACAGGUUUUCUGGGAAGGGCUGAGUAUGAUGGGGGUUUAUGCUGGGAGGGAGCACUACUUCUAUGGGAAUCCCAGGAAGCUCAUCACUGAAGAUUUUGUGCAGGAGCAGUACUUAGAGUACCGCCAGGUCCCCAACAGUGAUCCUGCUUGCUAUGAGUUCCUGUGGGGCCCAAGGGCCUAUGCUGAAACCAGCAGGAUUGAAGUCCUGAAACACUGGGCCAAGUUCAGUAGACGUGUUCCUAGGUUCCUCCAAUCCCUGAAUGAUCGGGCUUCUAGAAAUGAGGAAGAGGGGGCCCAAGCAUGA